CCCGGCUCAAAAUAGCCCUCCAGACCCUCCCAAGAACACUCACACACAGAGCCACUCCUGGUGGGAGAAGGAAGGCCGAUGCCCACCGGCAGCAUGACUUGGCUCACCCUGGUCCUGAUUCUCAACUCCUUUGCAGUGGUCCUAAGCCGGAACCAGGAAGAGAAGCUUCUCCAAGACCUGAUGGCCAAUUAUAAGCGCAACUUGCGUCCAGCCGAGCACGACGGGGACAUUAUCAACGUGACGCUCAAGCUGACCCUCACCAACCUCAUUUCACUGAAUGAGAGGGAAGAGGCCCUCACCACCAACGUCUGGGUCGAGAUGCAAUGGCACGAUUAUCGCCUGCAGUGGGACCCGGAUGAGUACGACAACAUUGACCGUCUCCGGAUACCUUCCACCUCGGUGUGGCUGCCAGACAUCAUCCUAGAGAACAACAUCGACGGGGUGUUUGACAUCACGCUCUACACGAACGUCCUGGUGUCUCCAGAUGGAUCCAUCUACUGGCUUCCCCCGGCCAUCUACCGCAGCGCUUGUGCUAUCAUUGUCACCUACUUCCCCUUCGAUUGGCAGAAUUGCUCCAUGGUCUUCCAGUCUCAAACCUACAAUGCCCACGAAAUCAAUCUGCUGCUAGCGGUAGAAGAAAACCAGAAAAUUGAAUGGAUCUUCAUUGACCCAGAAGAUUUCACAGAGAAUGGAGAAUGGGCCAUUAAGCACCGCCCAGCCAAGAAGGUAGUGAACGCCAAGCGCUUCACGCCGGAUGACAUCGGAUAUCAGCAGAUUGUUUUCUUCCUAAUCAUCCAGAGGAAGCCACUCUUCUACAUCAUCAACAUCAUCAUCCCUUGUGUCCUCAUUUCCUCCGUCGCUGUGCUGGUGUACUUCCUGCCUGCCAAAGCUGGCGGACAGAAGUGCACCGUCUCCAUUAACGUCCUUCUUGCCCAGACUGUUUUCCUCUUCCUGAUUGCAAAGAAAGUCCCCGAGACGUCCCAGGGGGUGCCGCUCAUCGGAAAGUACUUGACUUUCAUCCUGGUGGUCACCAUCGUCAUAGUCGUGAAUGCUGUUAUUGUACUGAACGUCUCUCUGAGGACUCCGAAUACCCACUCUAUGUCGAAACGGGUCCGGCAGGUUUUCCUGCACCUGCUGCCGCAUUAUUUGGGCAUGCACAUGCUCCACAGCGGCCAGCCUGCCGAGACUCGGCUCAUUCGGCGCCGCAGCUCUCUGGGGCUCAUGGCGAAAGCGGACGAGUACAUGCUCUGGAAGGCGCGGAGCGAACUCCUCUUUGAACGGCAGAAGGAGCGCCUUGGGCUGAUGAAGUCUUUCUUGGCGAAGAUAAGAGGAGGCUUGGAGAACGGCUGUCCCCAGGAACUUUGCAUCAGCCUGCGUCAAGCUGCUCCCGAGAUUCAGGCCUGCGUCGAUGCCUGCAACCACAUCGCGAAGACGCUGCAAGAGAAAAAUGACUUUGACAGUGUAAGUAUUCUCUAAAGCGGCUC